AUGCGCCCCACCUCCUCCUUCAUCACCUUCCAACCCCUCUUCGUCCUCCUCACCCUCUUCUCAUGCUUCACACUCAGCAUCGCCUCGCCCAUGCCCGCCUUCGACCCGGGCACAGCCUCCCUCGUUGACGGAGGCGGCCCCAUCGCCGGCAGGGACAUGGUAUCCGCCGGCGGAUUGGCGGUAGAGAGACGCCAGGCACAGAUCUACAUGGGCAGAGCGACAAUCUAUGAGCCUGGUCUUGGGGCUUGCGGCCGAGUCACGCGUGCGACCGACUUGGUCGGUGCUAUCCCCCCGGCCCAGUUUGGGAGCGGAUUCCCCGGCCACAAGUGCUUCAAACGAAUAACCGUCCAAUCGGGCGGAAUCACCCUCAAGAACGUUCAGAUAGUCGACCAGUGUAUCUUUUGCGCGGCGGGCGGGCUGGAUCUCUCCCAGGCGGCAUUCACAAGAUUUGCGCCGGUCGCGGCGGGCAUGAUUGAUGUGGUUUGGUAUUUCGAGUAG